GCCACCUCACAAUCCAGAAACGGUAACAGUCCUCAUCCAGUAGAAUAAAUCCAAAUAGAAGCAAUUCAAUUCAAGAAAGGCAAAUUAAUCCAUCCUUAGCUGCGUGUGUUCCAGCUCCUUCUUCUCUUUGUCUUCGUCUCAUAUAUAGUGUGCUAUUGCUUUCUUGUUCUAAACUUUCUUCACAUACUGUACUAGGAAAUCUUUUCUGGGUUUUGUUUUUUAAGAUCUGAAGGAGGAAAAAGAAAAAUGAGGAGGAUUGAAUAUUUGAAAAUGAGUACUGAUAAUGAAGUAACAGCAAAAGGCAAUGAUAAUUUGAUACAGUCUGAUAUCAAUGAACUCAAGGUUGCUGCUAAGAAACUUAUCAAUGAUGCUACUAGACUUGGUGGCCUUGGAUUUGGUACUUCUUUUCUCAAAUGGGUUUCCUCCUUUGCUGCCAUUUAUUUGCUGGUUCUGGAUCGGACAAACUGGAGAACAAAUAUGCUGACUUCACUCUUAGUCCCUUACAUUUUCUUUAGUCUUCCUUCAGUGCUAUUCAACUUCUUCAGAGGUGAGGUUGGAAAAUGGAUUGCUUUCAUUGCUGUAGUGCUCAGGCUUUUCUUUCCUCGACACUUCCCAGAUUGGCUGGAGAUGCCAGGAUCAUUGAUUCUACUACUGGUCGUGGCUCCCAGCUUCUUCGCACACACCUUGAAAGAUAACUGGGUUGGUGUCUUGAUAUGCCUCUUCAUCAGUUGCUACCUGCUGCAAGAGCACAUCAGGGCAUCUGGUGGAUUCAGAAACUCAUUCACACAGAGCCAUGGAAUAUCAAACACCAUUGGCAUUAUCUUGCUGAUAGUUUAUCCAGUAUGGGCACUGGUGCUCCACUUCGUCUAGCCUUUUUUAAAGUAGCUUCUUGGUGAAAAAAACUUUAUCAAUCAUCUUAUGUCUUAUGGUUAGAUUUAUAUUUAUGUUUUAUAGUAUCGCUCGUGCCAAUUAUAACUCUGUUCAAUGGUUUAAAAUUUAUGGAAUCCUUUCGUUCGUUUGCAA